AUGAACUCUGGAGGUUUACCGGCCAGCUAUUCAGCUAGAAAACGCAAAAAUGGUGCGUGUUUUUUGUUAUUUAUUAUGACCAUGAUAAUUAUGCUGUAUGCUUGUUAUGUAGUGAUUCUUUUACAACCCUUGUUUGAGAUUUACUAUAUAGGAGCAUCAGUCUCAGCAGCAUUCCAUCUUGUUUUUGCUCUGUUUUUGAUAUCUUUUUACCAGUGUUCAAAUACGGAGCCAGGAAGAGUUCCAGCAAAAUGGGGAUUCAGAGUUGGAGACGAAUCCAAAAGAAGAAGAUACUGUAAAGUUUGUCAGGUUUGGAAACCAGAUAGAACUCAUCACUGUUCAGAAUGUGGAAAAUGUGUUUUGAACAUGGACCACCACUGCCCAUGGAUUAAUAAUUGUGUUGGAUUCUAUAAUCGGAGGUUUUUUAUUCAGCUUUUAAUUUAUGCUCAGCUCUCUCUGUUAUUCUUAUUUGUCCAGGGAACUAUGUUCUUAAUUGAACAGUAUAUUACUUUAUGGCCAUAUAAUCAUGGGACUGACCCAACUCCACUUGGAAGAUCUAUUGAGGCCAUGAAGCUUACAUCUGUUAUCGUUAUGUUAGUUAUUGUUACUCCACUAUUACUUGCCUUAUUUCCAUUUUCGAGACUACAUAUUGGCUUUAUUGUUAGAAAUUUAACAACUAUUGAAAGUUUAAGCCCACAAAGUCCUGAGUACGGGAGAUAUGAUUUGGGGCCUGAGAGAAACAUACAGCAAGCUUUUGGAUAUAAUCCUAUGCAAUGGUUUUGUCCUUUCAACACCAAGUCCUCGAGACCAGUAGGUGAUGGUGUAAGGUGGCCAGUUAGAUGCCCUGAAAUGGAUGACCUUGAAAUGGGACAAAUCCCAAUUUAUAAUCAUCCAAAUGUUACUGAUAGAAAUUCAUAUCAUGGCCACCAGAAUCUUUCUCCCUACAAUAAUAGUGGAGUUUACCACCAACUAUAG